AUGCUGCGAUUUGCAGAUCAAGAUGAGGGUAAUUAUGAUACGUACGUACGUACGCGAACAGAACUUCUAGAGAACCAGAUGAAGCGUUACAAAUGGGAACAGGAUCAGCUACAGCACAUGAAGGUUGGUGAUACUUUUGACAUCUUACCAGUCCAGAUUUGCCGGGUGAAACAAUUUUAUUUCUUUGAUCCGGGUACAAUUCCACCACCAGUUAUUAUGGUGCAACAUGUGUCUUUCCAGUAUAAUAAGAAUACUCCACUGAUUUACAAAGAUCUCGAUUUUGGUAUUGAUCUCGAUACGCGUAUUGCUCUGGUUGGCCCGAAUGGGGCCGGCAAAUCGACGUUGCUGAAACUGAUAUCGGGUGAUGUUAUGCCAUCAAAUGGCUUAAUAAGACGGCAUUCGCAUUGCAAAAUCGGGCGCUAUCAUCAA